AUGCCAAGACAAAUGAGUCUCCUUCGAAGACAGAAACCGCAACCAAAACGGACGAAAGUGGCGACUCAAGCGACGCUAAUGCCAAAUCGUCCACCUAAAAACAAUGCUUUCAUGUAUUGGCUAGCAUUCGCAUGGAAACAGCAAUGUCAUCAACUCAUUUCAGAGUAUCGUCACGUCCGAUCUACCAUAGACAAGCUCACUCCUCUUGUGUGCGUGUGUCAGACUCGUCGAGGCAAUCUUCGCAUUGGCUUUGUGUUCAUCUUGACUCCUCUCUUUGCAUCACACUUCUUCCAUCUUCACCGUACCCUUCGUCUUGUCUCAACCUGUGGAUUUCAUAACCGCUCUCUCGUCCGCUCAGAUAGCUCAGCCACCGUCCCGCACAUUCAUCACAACCUCGUAUCUCCUCGUAGCCGCAACGUGGCCUGCUCGAGCAAAUUGCACCGCAAGAAGCUUGUCAUUCUCCUCUCAUCUAGCUGCUCAGUACAUCAACCAGCUUUUCAUCUCACACACCGCAUUCAACCUCGAAACAGCAUACUCAGCCAAGACCAACGAUCGUCUUUGCAUCGCCCCGACCCACCUGAAUUCCCUUCAGCACCAACACAGCAUCUAGACAUCAUGGCUACUUCAAUGCAAUUCGGUCCCGAGUGGAUGCGAAAGGGUCCCACCAGCAAAUCCGGCGGCAAGGAACAGCCGACCUCUUCCGCGCCGUCAGCCGCCACCAGUCCAGGCACCGGUCCAGUCACAGGAAAUGCAGCUCCCAGCAGCGCAAACAACGGCGGCAAGCGCAAUGGCGCGGGUAACCUAUCGGGUCCUGCACCUGUUGUUAGUCCUGCGGUCGCCAGCCCGGGCGCUUUUUCGUUUGCAGCCGCUGCAGCUGCGGCAACUGCGCAAGCCUCGGAUCGCAACGGCACGCAUGCUUCCACCCAGCAUGGCUCAUCGGUCGGCAACGAUAGCGACGUCUCGGCGGGUCUGCUCAAUGGCGGCUCGGCGGCGCUUGCCAAGGACAAGAUCACGCGCGAAAAGCUGCUCAGCUUGUACAGCUCGGAUCGUUCAGGCAAGACGCCCAGCGCAGACCCCUCACCCGUGGACGCCGUCGCACCCGUGACUGGCUCAGGUCCCGAACGCUCUUCCAGCACUUCACGCAGGAAGGGUGGAUCCGAUCGUCGCCCUUCUGCCUUUGCCGAAUUCGGCGGUGUGGGCGGCGGUCCCCUCUCACCUAGUCUAGGCAGCAACGAACCUCGCGGACUCAACGCACGCUCGACGUCCGGAGGCUCGACUGGAGCAUUUGGUUCCGCUGCUACCUCGAAUUGGGACAAGACGGAUAAGGAGCGUCCUGGCCUGUUCCAGCGCGCUUCGAGCGGUGCGCUGGCAGGCGUCACCUCCAACUCUGGCUCUCGACCACUCUCGCCUUCGGUUUCGCGUGAUCGAUUCAGCGGUAUUCAAGGUGGUGUUCUUUCCGGUGUCGCACCGCCCGCCCGCAAGAGGAUGGACAGCAACGAUGGCGGCACGGGCACAGUCGAGGGUUCUCGAGCUGGUCGUUCGCUUAAGGGCAGUCAGGACGAGACGAGCGCCCCGCAAACCAUCAACGGUGCUUCGUCCGGCGCCAUGGGAGGCUCUUGGGGUCGAUCUGCGCAAUCUGCGCAGACAGUCGGCACUGGCGGUGGCGUUCUGGGUGCCUUUUCGGACGCUUUCAGCUCCAAUCGAGUAAGAGGGCGCAAUGCAUCGGCCGUCGCCGAUCCUGCCUCUCAGUCGAGUGCCACUGCUACCCCAGCUUCUGCUACAGUAUCAUGUGUUGCUGCUCCCUCCUCUGCUCCUGUCGCGCACUCGGCGACCUCCCAACCUAUCGUACCCAGCGCCAACCCCGAAGGUCUGAGCAUUUCUGCGCGCUUUGCACGACACAAGGACCGCCUGCCCGGCGAAGGUCCCAUCGGCCCCCCCUCGGACGGCAGCAUCGGCUUUGGGAAGGCGUCUGGAUUCGACCGCAGGCGAGAGCGUCAGACCACACAGACGAGAUCCAUGCAGUCGCAUGCUCCAAGGGGCGAUGCUGCCGCUGCCAACGCGAGCACAGCGGCCGCCGCUGCUGACGCGAGCUCGAUCCCAGCCGAAAAAGCGAACGUCGAUCAAGUGCAACAUGGCACCCAGAAUGCCGCCACAGCAGACUUUGGGCUUGCCAGCGACGAUACAGAUCUUGCUCAGCACGCCUCUGCCGUGCUCGGUUCGCUCAAACUCGACGACGACGACAGCCCCGGCUUGCCUUCCGCCUCUGCUCUGGCUCAGGAUCAGCGCCAUGCUGCUAUCACUGAUGACGGCUUUCCUCGAGAGCGUGACCUCAGAGAUCGCUUUGAUCAAUCCCUUCAGCCGCAUUCCGGUAUGCAGUCGACCGCCCCGUGGUCACCAGAGUCAUCCAUGUGGCUCUACAGAGAUAUGGCUGGCAACGUGCAAGGUCCCUUCAGCAGUCUCAUGAUGCAGGAUUGGUACUCGCAGCAGUACUUCGCCGACGAUCUGCUCAUCAAGCGUCAGGAGGAUGGCGAGUUCAAGCCACUCGCUCAGGUUGUGUCCGCCAUUGGCAACGCCAUGCAGCCCUUUGUCAUCCCUCCCUCGAGCUGGCUCCACCCUCCUGCUCUGCCAAGGUCCGCUUUUGACGGCAGGCUUGGCAGCGGCGAAAACUUGCUCGGCACGGAGCAGAGUCGCUUCAGCGACACUUUCGACCGAUCUUGGCAAGGAUCGGCCGGCAGGCAUCAGCAACAGUCGCAGGAGCAGCAGCAGCCACAGCAACCGCAGCAGCCGCAGCAGCAUGGCUGGCCUGCUCCUCUGAGUCUUGGUGGCCUGGGAAGCGCCGGUCCAUCACCCGCUUCACCCUUUGGUCGCCCUGAUAUGUUCUCCGCGAACCAAUCGGGAAUGCGCAACCAGGACGACCUCAUGUCCAUCCUCCGUGAACGUGAGCUGCACGAGCAGCGUCAAGCUGCAGCAGCCGCCGCUUCGCGCGGUCCAGGCGGCAUGCACCUCGGCCAACUCGACACAUUCGGUGGAGGUCUCGGACGAUCCGGGUGGGGCAACGAGUCGGCCAUGACGCCUUCGCAAUGGACCGGCAUCGGACACGCCGGUCUCGGACAUUUCGGCGAUGGUGGUGUCGGCGGUCGCCAAAGCCCACUCGUCGGCGAUCGAGCCGUCUUUGACGGAUUCGGCCACCAGCAGAGGCAGAACUUCGACCAGGCUGGCAGUCCAUGGAGCAACAAGGCUUCGCUCAACGCCACUCGAUCGCAGUUCGAUCCCAUCCGUCCGACGCAGCACGGACAGUGGGCCGAGCAACAAGCGCCUUGGAGCCACUCGGCAACGACGCCCGACGUCAACAACCGUCAGAUGGACUUCACCGAAGCCAUGUUGCGGAACGAAGCGAUCAAGGCCGCGGAUCCUAUCGGUACGCCUCGACGCGCACGUUCGCCUGCACCCCAACACGACAUGACCCAAAGCUAUCAGCAGUCUGCUGAGCAGCGGGACGAGAUGCACAAGUCUUUCGAAAACGCCUUCCCCGCCCCUGUGGCAGAUGCGCAAUCGUCUUUCGAUUCGCAAGCCAGUGCCGCUCCGCUUGCUGCCGGCAACUUGGAGGAAAAAGCCUCUGCUGCAGCACAGGCUGACGUCAGCGCUGAAGCAAACACGGCCGUGACUCCGCAGAAGAAGCAGAACAAGAAGGAGGCGCAAAAGGCGGCCGCUGCGGCUGCGGCUGCGACCAGUGCUGCUCAGGACGCUUCCGUGCCUGCAAAGACGAUCGAAUCGGACAUUCCUCCUCCCGAGGCGUUCACCGCACACGAGCCUCGUCCCGAAGAGCUCUGGCCUCAAUCUCCCAAGGCAGUCGAGUUCGCUUCCGAACCGGAGCUGUCUGGCAUGCCUGCCCUCACACUCCCUUACAACAAGUCGGCGAAGGACGCCAAGCGCGAAUCGCGAUCCGCACUGCAGCGUCAGACUUCGGAUGCUUUCCGCGUCGUCCCUGGAAGCGGCGAGCCGGUAACCCGCACUGCUGCCGCUGCUACUGCUCGCUCUACCGCCGCAGGCAACGUUCGCGUUGUUUCGCAGGAGCAGUUCCGACGAAACGUUGACGGAGCCUCCACCGCCACGCAGGCUCCGCUCUCCGACUGGCUCAACGAUGCAAACGUCGUCGAGGCGACCGCGCCUGCGAGUCGACCGGCUCCUUGGGCUGCCGCAAAGGAAGACGCGACGGCUCCGACCGGUCCGAGCCUGCGCGAGAUCCAGGAAGCCGAAGCGAAGCGCGCAGAGGCCAGACGUGCAGCUGAAAAGGCGGCUGCGCGUGCUCGUAUGGUCGCUUCGCCAAGCGCCGGCGAGGAGCUGCCGACCACGCUGAGCUGGGGUCUUGCUUCGGCGCCUGCUUCCAAGAACGUCGGCAAUGCUGCUGCUGGCAGCGGCAACGAUGCUGCUUCAGCUAGUCCUGCCGCACCUGCUUGGAACGCUGGCAAGACCGCACCCAAGAAGACGCUCAUGGAGAUCCAGGAGGAGGAGAGGAAGCGGGCUGAAAAGGUCAAGGCUCAGCAGGCUGCUCAGGCGAUCGCGCUGCGUAAAGGGUAUGCGGAUUCGGCUAGCAGGAGCACGUCUGCGUCGAAUCUGCAUGGUGCUGCGAAUGCUGCGGCGGCGGGCGGAGGUGCGUGGUCGGUGGUUGGUGCGAGCGGGAAACCUUCCACUCCGAGCGGAACUCCUAGCACGACAGGUGCUGCGACAGGUGGUGCACUUGCUUCGUCGGGAGGCUUUGCAUCUGCUACAGCAUCGCCGCUUGCUUCGCGACCGACGACGGCUUCUCGUACCGCUUCUCCCAGCAUCCCUGCCUCUACCUCCGGUAGCGCAUGGUCUGUUGUCGGUAACAAACCACCUGCUGCUGCACCAGCGUCACCUUCACCAGCCACACGAAUCUCGCCCUCCGCAUCGGCGCUUCUCAGUUCUCCCUCCGUUGUCGGUAAAACGAACCGGGCAGCUGAUCCGAACGCACCGUCCGCCGAGUUCAUCCGGUACUGCAAGGACAACCUGCAGGGCUUGACGAUCAAGACGGACGACUUCAUCGACAUGCUGCUGCAGUUUCCGUUGGAUCCGAGUGCCGAUGUGAUCGAGAUCAUCGCCGAGACGGUGUAUGCGAACAGCAGUACGUUGGAUGGGAGGCGGUUUGCGAGCGAUUUCGUGAGCAAGAGGAAGAUGGACGUACAGGGCAGGACGGGUGGCGGGAAGUGGGGGCAGGGGUUGGGAGGAAUGGGGGCGAUGGGAAGUGCGGGGUUGGGGGUGAAGAAGGUUCCGGUGAUGGGAGGUGAGGCAAAGGUGAAGCCGCAAGGGGGCGUGGUGGGCAGCGAUGCCGGGUUCAAGGUUGUUAAGGGGAAGGGGGCGAAGGGGAAGCGUUGA